UCUCUGGAGAUUACGGGAGCUUCUGCUGUCCCCAAACUGCUCCUCAGAUCCUGGGGUUGGAUCGUAUGUCCCUGAAGCUAUGCUGCCAGAGUGUGCUAUGGGUUUACAAGAGCAACAAAAGAUAAAUAAAUCUCCGGAGUUAGUGUCAUUUGAGGAUGUGGCUGUGGACUUCACCUGGGAGGAGUGGCAGGACCUGAAUGAUGCUCAGAGGACUUUGUACAGGGAUGUGAUGCUGGAGACAUAUAGCAACCUGGUGUCUGUGAAUGUCCAGAUAGAUGAUGACCUAGUGGAGAGGAACCAAGAAAGUCACGGUAGAUGCUUGCAGCAAAUUGUUAUCACCAACAGCAACACAUCAUCUGAGGAGAGAGUUAUGUUAGGAAAAUCAUUUUAUUUGAAUUCAUAUCAUGUUUUAAAUCUGAUUAUAAAUAAUGGAAACCAUUCAGGAAAGGGACAUGAAGAGUUUUACAUAUGUCAGAAUGCACUUCUUCCUAGAGAGCCUGAUGAGAUGCCUGCUGGAGAGAAAUCUGAUGACCAUCACACAACUGGAAAAUUGCCCAGACAUCAUGAGCAUCUUAGUCAGCAUCCCACUAUUCAAACUGGGGAGCAGAUUUUAGAAUACAGUGGAAAAGGGAAAUCCUCCAACACAGAGCCAAUGGUAUUUACGUGUAAAAAGAAUCAUAUGGAUGAGACCACCUAUAAUUAUAGUGAAUAUGGGAAAGGCUGUGAUAAGGCAGCUGUCAUUGCCCAAAAAAUAAAUCAGGUAGAAAGGAAAACUUUUCAAUGUGAUAUAUGUGGGAAAAUGUUCUAUAAAAAAUCUGAACUCACUAAACAUCAGAAUAUGCACACAGGAGAGAUCCACAUUUUAUAUCAGAGAACUCCCACAGCUGAAAAACCACAUGAAUGUAAAGAAAGUGGAAAAGCUUGUAACCAAAAAUGUUUCAGCAGGCAUGAGAGAAUUCACACCCAUGAGAAACCAUAUGAGUAUAGAGAAUGUGGAAAAGCUUGUAGUGAAAAGUCACACCUCCGCAGGCAUCAGAGAACUCACACAGGUGAGAAACCAUAUGAAUGUAAAGAAUGUAGGAAAGCUUUUAGCAAAAAGUCAUGCUUGUGCAGGCAUAAGAGAACUCACACAGGUGAGAAACGAUAUGAAUGUAAAGAAUGUGGAAAAGGUUUAAGUGGAAAGGUGGAACUCAGCAGGCAUGAGAGAACUCAUACAGGUGAGAAACCAUAUGAAUGUAAAGAGUGUGGAAAAGCUUUUAGUGAAAAGUCAUACCUCAGUAAUCAUCAGAGAACUCACACAGGUGAGAAACCAUAUGAAUGUAAAGAUUGUGGAAAAGCUUUUACCCGAAAGUCAUGCUUCGACAUUCAUCAGAGAAUUCACACAGGUGAGAAACCAUAUGAAUGUAAAGAUUGUGGAAAAGCUUUUACCCGAAAGUCAUGCUUCAACAUUCAUCAGAGAAUUCACACAGGUGAGAAACCAUAUGAAUGUAAAGAAUGUGGAAAAACUUUUAACCGAAAGCCACACCUCAGCAGGCAUCAGAGAACUAACACAGGUCAGAAAUCAUAUGAAUACAAAGAAUGUGGAAAAGCUUUUACCCGAAAGUCAUGCUUCAACAUUCAUCAGAGAAUUCACACAGGUGAGAAACCAUAUGAAUGUAGAGAAUGUGGAAAAACUUUUAAUCGAAAGUCACACCUUAGCAGCCAUCAGAGAAUUCACAUAGGUGAGAAAUCAUGAGAAUGUAAGGAAUGUGGAAAAACAGUUUACUGGAACUCACCAUAAUAGAUAAGAACAAAUUCAUACAUCAGAAGAUCCCAAUUAAUGUAAUGGCCGUGGGAAAAGGUUUUGCUAUAAAUCAUACCUCGUGUUUCGUCAGAGAACUUACACCAACCAGAAGCCCAGGUUGGUUCCAGGAGCCCCUGUUGAUGAAAACCCUUGCAAAUGAUCAAGCACUUUCUGUAAAUGGUGUACUGUUUCAAUAUUACCUAUGAACUUUUUUCCAUGUCUUUUACAUCUUGAGUAGAAUAUUUAUAUUACUGAAUACAGAAGGAAUUCCUUGCAAAUAGUU